UCUUUCUGACUCUAAGUCCAGUUCUCUGUCCACUGUACUACCUAACUAUUGGAUCAUAGGUAGAUUUAUUUUCUUCUGUUCUCUCCUAACCAUAGUCUCUCCACUCAUGGCUGUUUUCUCUCCCUACAGGUUAUAAACAUCAAAUGAGCUUCCCUUGCUUCAGAAACAUAUCAUGGAGCUCUUACUACAAGAACUUCACACUCAGCUUCACUAUUACCAACAUGUUUUACACAACAAAGAUGAAUCAAAAGGACUCCAGAACAUUCAAGGCUGCUGAGCAUAUCCUGCAAAUCUUGCUCAAGGUAUUGUUUGGAAGCAGCAGGAUUGGCUCUCAGUAUUCUGGAUGCAGUGACCUUUCACUGAGGUCUCUGAGGAACAGGAUAGCAACCGGAGUGGAUAUACUCUGCAGUUUCAAGAAGGACUCCUCCAACCAUGUCCUGGACAAAAAGGUGGUUUACUGGGAGCUGACUGAACAGCUCUGUACAAGAAAGCUAAAACACCUGGUUAUAGACAAUGAUAGCCUCAUUGUGAAUGGGUAUCAACAUAAGCUCCCAGGAAUCAGAUCCACAAAGAGUUCAAUUAAAUCUAAAACCCAUAAAGACAUGAAACAGGAAUUGGAGAGGGCAGGAGAAACACAUUCUCAGGUGUCAGGAAGUGAGGCUGGUGUAGGAGCUGUCACCCAUAUCGCCGACCAUGGAGAACCAGGAAAAAUCAUGACAUCACUGACUAGUGGCCUCCUGAUCCGGGAAUCCACUGUAUAUGCUAUAGCGAGUGAGAUUGGUGUAGGGCCCUUCACCCAUAUCCGAGACCACGGAUCAGCAAGAGACAUGACAUCAGUGACCAGUGAAUCUACUGCAGGUGCCAUGGGUAAGAAAAUAUUUCUUUUCUUUCUAUUAUACUGGUAUUCAUCCUUGCUCUGGGCCCUUGUUUUCCAGCUUUCAAAUAUGAUAUGGACUCAUCUUCAUAGUCCGAGAACAGGAAAGUUUGUGAUUAGGUGGUAAGACCCGGCAACUUCCUCUGUCCCAUUAUUGUCUGCCCAGAUGUCAGCCUUUGGAUGAAGAGCUCAUGGAGGAUUUUGUCCAUUUCUUGUGUUAGUUUGUGUGUAUACAUAUAAUUUACUAUGAUAAAAGUCAGCUACUGGAGGACAGGCUUUUCUAUGCCCAGCACCUAAAACCCUGAAUGGAGUAGCUGAUUCUUAA